AUGGAAUCUAUUCUAUCUGCACAUGAAAUCGGUGAAGGACUUCCUGUUUUGUUCAUUCAUGGAUACCAGAUGGAGGGAAGAGUUGAGCAGCGAGACUUUGAGCCGAUUUUCAACAAAAUCCCAGGAUUUCGCCGGAUUUAUGUGGACCUUCCUGGCAUGGGCACAACACCCGCGAACAAUGUCAAGGAUCUGGACGAGAUAUACCUUCGCCUGGUGCAAUUCAUUGAUUCUCGACUUGGGAAGUCGAGAUUCUUAGUCGCUGGCUCAUCAUGUGGCGGCUACCUUGCACGAGCCAUAGCUCACAAAUAUAAUGAGCAAGUCGAUGGUUUACUACUACGGGUACCGCUUAUUGAGCCAAAGGACAGCAUGCGCGACCUCGAUGCUUUCAAACCUUUGGUUGCAAACGAGCAACUCAUGUCGACCAUAUCACCCGAAGACAGGACACUCCUUGGAAACGUUCUCGUUCAAACGCCUGCUUAUGUUAAAGCUUUAAAGGCAAAAUACGAGGAGGUUCUUCUUCCAGCGGAGAAAGCAGCAGACAAUGAGGUGCUAGAUCCGAUCCGAGCAGAUCCACAACGAUAUCAGCUGUCUUUUUCGUUGGACAAUGAAGGCGCUAAGUUCUUUGCACCCACACUUAUUGUGUGUGGUCGGCAAGACGAGACCGUGGGCUAUCGAGACAGCCUUCGCUUGCUGGAGCUCUAUCCACGAUCAACCUAUGUUGUUUUGGAUCGUGGUACGCAUAGCCUUCCUAUCGAUGAGAGUGAGAAUAGUGUUUUUGAAGCUCUUGUUCGUGAUUGGAUAUUCCGGGUCAAUGAAUGGCGAGGUCGCACGGGCAGAUAA